AUGAGCUCCACCGAUCACCACCUUAACCUCUUCCCUCCUCUCAUUCAAGUUGGACAUGCUGAACAGUUCAUCCAGUCGGGAAAGACAAUUUUGUCCACUCAAUCACCUUUGAACCAAUCGUACGCUGUAUUUCCGUCAGCCCGAAAAGGUACUCCGAGCAUAAAAGUCAGUGGUGCGGAGGAACAGCCCAUAUUCUUUGCGAGCAGUGAAACUUCGCCAUCAUCUGAAAGACGACUGUUCAUUGGAGAUACAUCCAUAAUCUUUGCUGCGUUACAAAACUUGACUAACACCGCUCAAAGCCGGGGACAGGAAUGGUUACACAGUCAAGAAACCCAUAAUGUGAUCAGAAAGCUAACUCUGGACUAUGUUAAUUUCGCCAGAGAGUGCUGGAUACACACCUCGCAAACGUCUGUUCAGUCUCAGGGUUCCUCCCAAUUUUCCGGCGAUCAUUAUCGCAGCUUAUACACGUGUCUUGCUCUAUUCGCUGUGUUAUACGUACCCGAGUACGGGUACGAAGACGCACCAGUAGGUGACGAUUUAAUGGAGUGGCUGAAUGUCCACUUCAUCGAACCUUCCACGGAGGAGGGCGAUCACCUAUCAGGUCUGGAUCAUCCUUGGGAAGAUGAGACAUUUUGGCCGUAUCUUGUCAGGGUGACUUUAAGAGGUCUUUCCAAAGCCGCAACUUUCUUCCUCGCAACACUAUCAUCUCACCCGUCCGACAACCUCCGCCGGCUUGCUCAACAGUUGUCCCCAUUGCUUCAAUCUCAGCCUCGCCUUCAGUCUUUUGAGGCGGAGCGUGAUUUUGCAUAUGCUUCUCACCGAUGGAAGGAUAAAGUGAAAGCUCUGCGAAUUGAACUAGACAGUGUUUCAGAAUCUGAUCGGCAUGACGGGAUUGAAAAUUGGUGGGAUCGUCUAAGCGACAUUGUUGGUAUACUCGAAGGACGCAGCGAAGUAAUUCGCCGUGUCUGCGAAGAUCUUGGCGCAGACUGGAGAGAAAUUUCUGUCUCAUGGGGUGUAUUUGCCGAUGCAAGACUACGAAGACAGGAUUUACCUGAGGUUGUCUCUCAGGUUCUUGAUGACAUGCCCCAAGAUCCGACGAAUUUGGAAGAUAUGGUACAUGCGGCGCUAUUCAGCGGUGACCCUACCAAAGCACUAUCCCACGCAGCACAGCUCGACCCAUGGCUUGCUGCGCAUAUGGCAGAUUUGAUGCAAGCAUUAUCUUUAAUCGAAAAGGAUCCCAACGAGGACUCAGGUCUCAAUAUCAGAGAUUUUUACGUGCUCGGCUAUGCACAGUACCUUCACGCUGAUCCUGCGCUUUGGAGAAUUACUGUGGCAUACAUGUUCUCUUGUGGAGAAACUGGCGUCAGAAGUGCCGACGAAGUGUUAAUGCACGUUCCGCUCAAGUUGCGUUCCGUCGGGUCAACUACCCAUGGCCAAGGGGAGCAAAAUGGCGCCGGUAAUUUAAAGUCUGGAGAUCUUGCCGGUGUGGUAAAAGACAUCAAUGCGACGUGCUAUGAAUAUCAGCGGGAGGAAGUCCGACGAACGAUUUGUCGCAUAGCAGCUCAAACCUUCGUACAAGAAAAGGAAUACGGACUCGCACUUUCGUAUUCCUCCUCAGCGGAAGACUGGCCUGGGUUAGGUCGCGUUGUUGACCGCGUUUUACAAGAAUAUAUCACUGCAGGACCGGAACAAUUUACCCGUUACGUGGCUGGCAUUGCACCGUCACUUCAGGCACUUCGGAUGCAGUCCGGUGCACAGGGCAUCUUCAUUCACCGCUUGAUGUUUGCCGUUCGUUACGCCGAGUUCCAUCAGCGCCUGUGUAAUCAGGAUCUGCAAGAUGCUGCUUGGGAUCUUGUAUCAAUGUUCCAAGACGGGCUUGCUCCGAAAUCGUGGUGGGCGGUACUACUGUGCGAUUCCCAACCACUUCUGCAGCAUGACGGCACAUUGCUCUUUACGUAUGCAAGCGCGUGCAUUCUGUUACAGCAUUUGGAAGAAGUAAUUGCGCGAACCGAUCAAGGAUCCUGCGACGAGUAUCUCCGUAUUUUGAUGUCAAAGCUCGGUUCUGGUGGGACGACCGAUGCACUUCAUGCACUCCAAGGCGUGCGGCUGGCACUGGCGAAGUAUUUUGCCAGAUGCACGAUGAUUGGCACUGGGGGAAAACAGAUCUUGGAGCGCAAAUUCAUUGCUGCGGUGUGA